GCAAUGAUGCUUUUACCAUUCGCCAUGACACACUGAACAAGUGCAUACAAGUUAGAAACUCACGGAUAGUGAUAGAUGACUGCAAGGAGACAAGUGAAGCUUUAUGGAAAUGGGUAUCCCAGAAUCGCCUCUUUCAUUUGGGGUCCAGGCAGUGCCUGGGACUUGAUAUAUUCACCAAAUCACUGUCUCGUUUGAAAAUGGUUGAUUGUAACUCGGAACUGAUGCUGUGGUGGCGAUGUGCUGAUGCUUCCAUCCUUGGUGCGUCUCAGUACAAAGUGACUGUUAAAAGCAUGACCUAUGUAACUGCAAGCAUAAAUGCAACAGACCAGUGGAGAAGCAACAGUUCCUCCGAUGAUAUAUGUCGGUACCCUUAUCAUGAAGUUUAUACCAAAGAUGGGAACUCCUAUGGAAAACCCUGUGAGUUCCCCUUUCUGUAUAAUAAGAUGUGGCGUCACGACUGCGUUCAGGAUGAAACUCAUAUGGGUGGGAAAUGGUGCGCCACAUCUGAGGAUUAUACUCGCGAUGGAAAAUGGGGAAUCUGCUUACAACCAGAGGAUGGUUGCAGUGAUACCUGGGAACAUGAUCUGGGGUCUGGAAGUUGCUACCAGUUCAAUACACAGUCUGCUCUUUCUUGGAAGGAAGCUUAUAUUUCAUGUCAAAGACAAGGGGGAGAUGUACUUAGCAUCCAAGAUGCAUCUGAAUUAAGUUACAUACAAGCUAAGGAUGACAUCGCUGAGAUCUUUUGGAUUGGCUUAAAUCAACUGGAUCUUUCUGGAGGUUGGCAGUGGUCAGAUCACAAACCUUUGAAUUUUCUCAACUGGCAUCCAGAUAUGCAGAGUUUGUCCCCGUUGGAUGGGACCAGCUGUGUGGUGAUGAAUGCUACUUCAGGUCAGUGGCAGAGUUACCACUGUGGGACUCCACUUCCAUACAUUUGCAAGAAGUCACUUAAUGAAGUUUCAAGCCUCCCAGAGUUCUGGAGACACUUGGAUACUCGCUGUGAUUUGGGCUGGCUUCCCCACAAUGGUUUUUGCUACAUGCUGAUGAACAACCAGGAACCUUGGGGUACAGCAUAUGAGCUGUGCAAAGCAAGUAAGAGUAACCUCAUCAGUAUACACUCGUUAGCAGAUGUCGAACUGGUGGUUACAAAGCUUCAUAAAGAUGCUAACGAAGAAAUGUGGAUGGGUCUCAGGAAUGAAGAUGUCCCAACCUUGUUCAAAUGGUCAGAUGGCUUGGAUGUGGUUUUUACAUAUUGGGAUCAGAAUGAACCGAAAGUUCCCUUUAACAGCACUCCUAACUGUGUGUCAUAUUCAGGCAAGUUGGGGCAGUGGAAAGUCAGAUCCUGUGAAGAAAAACUGAAAUAUGUGUGCAAGAAAAAAGGAGAGAUUUUGAAUGAAACAAAAUCAAAUAAAAGUUGUUCAUUGGAAGAGGGAUGGGAGAGACAUGGAAACUACUGUUACAAGAUUUAUAAAACAGAAGUUUCAUUUGGAGCACAGUGCAAUCUUACAGUGAUGAACAGAUUUGAGCAAGAAUUUAUAAACAGUCUAAUUAGAAAACACACCAAAGUUGAAGAAAAGUACUUCUGGACUGGUUUGCAGGAUAUUAGCCAGUCAGGAAUAUAUUCCUGGGGUACAGUGGAUGGGGAAAAAGCUGAAGGUGUGACGUACACUAACUGGAAUUCCUUGCAACCAGAGUUUUCGGGAGGAUGUGUGGCCAUGCCCAGUGGAAAGUCUCUUGGAAAGUGGGAAACUAAGGACUGUAAAACCACUAAAGCAUUUUCUGUCUGCAAAAAGUAUAUCGGUCUGCCCAAGGAGCCAGAAGUGCUCCCAAAGCCAACUGAUCCCUGUCCCCUUGGCUGGCACAACGGGUCCGGCCUUGCCUGCUACAAGUUCUUCCACAGUGAGAGAGUGCUGCGAACCAGGACCUGGGAAGAGGCAGAAAGGUUCUGUGAAGCACUCGGAGGCCAUCUGCCUAGCUUUAGUCACUCAGAGGAAAUCAAGGUGCUUCAUUCUAUCCUGAGAAAAAUAAUCAGCAAUGACAGAUGGGUAUGGAUUGGAAUGAAUAAGAGGAGUCCAGAUUCUUUGGGAACUUGGCAGUGGAGUGAUGAUAAACCUGUAACUAGCGUUGUAAUGCCACUGGAUUACCUGGAAGAUGAAUAUGAUACAAGAGACUGUGCUGCAUUAAAGACCUCUCAGUUUUCACGGAGGUCGUUUUGGAGAUUGUAUUUCCAUGAAGGCAGAGACCUGGAAUUUUACUUUAAGCCUUUUGAUUGCGACGCUAAACUCGAAUGGGUCUGCCAGAUAACAAAAGGUAGCACUCCAAAGACACCUGAGUGGUACAUACCAGAUGAAAUUGGAAUUCAUGGAGCCCCUCUUGUUGUUGAUGGAGCGGAGCUGUGGUUUGUACCAGAUAAAAACCUGAGCUUCCAGGAAGCUAUUUUCUACUGUCAACAGAAUGAUAGUGAUUUAGCCACUGUGGAAUCUUACCCAAAACUGAGGACAAUACUAUCACAAAUAGAAAAGUUAUCGAACAGCGAACAGAAGUGGUGGCUGAAGUUUAUUGAUUAUGGCUACAGCUAUCAUUCACCUUUACAGUUAUUUUCACGCUUCCAUGAUCGAUUCCUGAGGGAUUGCUGGUAUGUUUCUAGAAAGAACUGGUAUAGAGACUACCCAGUUAACUGUAACGUGAAACUGCCCUUCAUCUGUGAAAAAAAUAAUGCCUCCUUACUAGAGAAACACGAUCCCAGUUACCGCCCAGGCAGAGGAGGUUGCCCAAAAGGCUGGCAUCGGUUUCGGAACAAGUGUUUUCUAAGGAUGAAACCCGACUAUUUAACAUUUAAUGCAGCUAAUGAAAAGUGUGUAACUUUCGGAGGCUUUCUUCCAUCUAUCUCAAAUCAAGCUGAGCAAGAUUAUAUCACGUCCUUGCUUCCUGGUAUGCCGAAAGAUAUCUGGAUUGGUUUGCAGUUCCUGUUCAGCACAAGGGAGAACAAAUGGAUAGAUGAGAGCAGACUGUUGUAUAGUAACUUCCACCCGCUCCUGACAGGAAGAUUAAGGAAAAUUCCACUGGACCUUUUUGAUGAAGAAUUUAACAAUCAGUGUGGUGUAAUCCUCAAUGACCCCAAGUCACAGUACGUUGGAACAUGGAAUUUCACUGCUUGUGCUGACAAGCACUUCUUGGGUAUAUGCCAGCAGCCUAUAG